AUGGAUGGAGAAGAUGGGAAGAAGGCAAGGAAACGUAGAUAUCUCAUCAGAGAAGCAAAAAAGAGAAAGCUAAGCACAUCAAAUGAGAAAGAGAAUGAUGGAUGGCUUGACAAGCAACAUAUAAGAGGAGAGAGUUCUGCAGCAACAGACUUCACAAAGCUUGCACUCACAGACAGAGAACCCCUUACUGAAAUCCAACCAGAAAUUUAUUCAAUCGAGAGUGUUGUCACACACAAUGACCAAACCUCUGCUGAGAGGAAUGUGUACACGAUGCAGUUUAGCUAUCCACAAAUUUUAAGUUUUCGGAAAGAGGCUGCGAAUCCUGUAACGCAAGGUUCAACUGGUGGAAAUAGUCCCAGCUUAAACAGUGGAAAGCAGCAGCAGAAUUUGAUCGACAUCAUUUCUAAAACACCAUCAACUCUGUCAAACAUAACAAACAUUGAUCAUACUUAUCAGGAGAAUCGUUCCUUUCAAAUUGAAAUUGACACAGGUAUUCAAGGUAUGGAUCAUUCACUGAGACCAUUGGAACAGGACAAAACUGGAGUUCAUGAGUGUUUACCAAGAGGGGAGAACCAAGAUGUGCAAUAUUCAUGUAACUUAAGCGGACUCAUACAUGUUGAUAACUUUGAUUCUGGAAGUGUUCCCAAAGUCGACAAGAAGGAGGUAUUUAUCAAAAAUAUAGAGGACGAGGAUAACAAUAUUAAUCAUUUGCAACUAUCAAACCAACUCCCUGAUGAAGCUCCAGCUUAUCUAGACUUUGGGAACCCAAUAUAUCAGUGUCAGCAUUGUGGUGCCAAUUUCUGGUAUGAAGAGCGUAUCGACAAACACUUUAAUGCUGUUAAUCCAAAGUUUACCUUAUGUUGUCGCCAAGGUCAAGUUCAAUUGCCUUUUUUACAACAACCGCCCAACACACUUGAUGAUCUAUUCUUUGGUGAUAGUGCUAAGGCAACCCAUUUCCAAAAAAACACUCGAACAUACAAUAGUAUGUUUGCAUUUACUUCGUUUGGUGGCAAAGUAGAUAAAUCAAUUAACCAAGGCCGAGCACCCCCCACGUUCAUAUUACACGGCCAAAAUUAUCAUCUCAUGGGCAGUUUACUACCAACAGAAGGAAGCACUGCAAAAUUUGCUCAACUUUACAUUUAUGACACGGAAAAUGAGAUAAAUAAUCGAACAUCAGUUGUGAGCUCAAGCGAAAAGUCAAACCCCUUGAAUGUCGAGAUAGUUUCUGAUCUAAUCAACGUGUUAGAUACACACAAUGUUCUUGCAAAAUCAUUCCGUAUGGCAAGAGAAAUGUAUCCACUUCUUUUUCCAUUUGGGGAGGACGGUUGGAGAGAAAAGAUUCCAUUGAACAGACUACCUAAGAAUAUGAGAAGUGAACCAGGAUUCAUUAGCAUGAGAGACUUUUUCGCAUAUAGAAUACAACACAGACCUUGGCGUGAAGGUGUUCUGAUUUACUCUCGACGACUUUUCCAGCAGUUUAUAGUUGAUGCGUUCUCAAUGAUCGAAGCUGCUAGGCUGAAAUAUGUAUACCUCAAGCAAAAACAGUUUAGAGCUGAGAUUUAUAAAGGCCUAAAAGAUGCAGUUCUUAACGGUGAAACACAGGCAUCUACACUUGGCAAGCGAAUUGUUCUACCAGCAAGCUUCACCGGAGGUCCAAGAUAUACAAUUCAAAAUUAUCAAGAUGCAAUGGCAAUAUGUAGAGCAAUCGGAUAUCCAGAUUUGUUCAUAACCUUCACUUGCAACCCACAAUGGAAGGAGAUUGCAGAUUAUUGCAAAGAUAACAAAUUGAAAGCAGAAGAUCGACCUGAUAUAGUUUGCAGAAUGUUCAAACUGAAAUUGGAAAAGCUCAUUAGAGAUAUCGACAAGAACAAUAUAUUCGGUAGAUCACGAGCAGUGAUUUACACAAUUGAGUUUCAAAAACGAGGAUUACCGCAUGCUCAUAUCCUUUUAUUCCUUGCACCAGAACACAAGUUUCCUACUCCAGAUGACAUUGAUAAAAUCAUCUCUGCAGAGAUUCCAGAUCCAACAACUGAUCAUGAAUAUUAUCAAGCUGUAAAGAGUUCAAUGAUGCAUGGUCCAUGUGGAUCAGCAAGGAAAAACUCACCUUGCAUGGAAAACAGCCGCUGCAUUCGUCAUUUCCCAAAAAAGUUUGUUCAGAACAGUACUAUCGAUCAAGACGGAUAUCCAGUCUAUAGACGUCGCAACAAUGGUCGUACCAUCGAGGUGUCUGGCAUUGAUUUGGAUAAUCGUUAUGUUGUGCCACAUAAUAGAUUUCUUCUCUUAAGGUAUGGUGCCCAUAUAAAUGUCGAAUGGUGCAAUCAAUCAAGGUCAAUCAAAUACUUAUUCAAGUAUGUCAACAAGGGAACUGAUCGCAUUACAGCUUCUUUCUAUUCAAAAAGAAUAGAUGAAAGUUCAGCCACUGCUGUCGAUGAAGUUCAAAUGUUUUAUGAUUGUCGAUAUAUUUCUCCAUGUGAAUCUGCUUGGAGGAUAUUUGCAUUUGACAUCCACUAUAGAAGACCAUCAGUUGAACGAUUAAGUUUUCACUUGCCUGAUGAACAUACAAUUCUUUUUGAGGAUGAUGAUGCAUUGCAAACUGUUGUUGAUAAAGCAACUGUCAGAGAAUCAAUGUUUAUGGCUUGGUUUAAAGCUAACAAAGAAUAUGCUGCUGCAAGAGAAUUAACUUACAAUGAUUUUCCAACAAAAUUUGUUUGGAAGCCAUCUCUUAGGAUUUGGGAGCCAAGAAAAAGCUACUCUGUUAUUGGGAGAUUAUUCUUUGUUCCCCCAUCAUCUGGAGAAUUAUACUACCUACGAAUGUUAUUGAACAUUGUAAAAGGCCCCAAAAGUUAUAGAGAUCUUAGAACCUACAACAAUGUUGUAUAUUCAUCAUUUCGAGAUGCAUGUUAUGCCCGAGGUUUAUUGGAUGAUGAUCGGGAAUAUAUUGAUGCUAUUGAAGAAGCAAGUCAUUGGGGUUCUGGAUAUUAUUUACAUUUGAUUUUAUCAGAAGCUGAAUUGUUGCAACUUACUCUUCUUGAAAUUGAGGAAAUUCUUAAUAGAAAUGGAAAGUCACUCCGAGAAUUUCCAACAAUGCCAUUUCCUGAUGUAGAUGACACUCAGUUCACAAUGGAGCAAGCCUCUCAGAACAAGUUAAUAUUAGAUGAGCUUCGUUAUGAUCGUGCACUGUUAGCUAAACAACACAAGCAAUUUCUAUCACAGAUGAAUACAGACCAAAAGCAUGUUUAUGACAAAAUAAUAGCAGCUGUCACAUCAAAUUCAGGUGGGGUAUUCUUCUUAUACGGUUAUGGAGGAACAGGAAAAACUUUUGUUUGGAAAACUCUUUCCGCUGCUCUUAGAUCAAAAGGUGAAAUCGUGUUAACGGUUGCUUCAAGUGGAAUAGCAUCGCUUUUGUUACCUGGUGGAAGAACUGCACAUUCUAGAUUUGCAAUUCCUCUUACUCCAGAUGAAUGUGCUACGUGCAACAUCAAACAAGGAAGUCCGUUGGCUGGAUUAAUUUCAAUAACGAAACUUAUUAUUUGGGAUGAAGCUCCUAUGAUGAAUCGAUUUUGUUUUGAGGCACUGGAUAGAACAAUGAGAGACUUAUUGCGUCAUAUCAAUGAUGCAAGUUUGCACUUACCGUUUGGAGGAAAAACAGUUGUCUUAGGAGGGGAUUUCAGGCAGAUUCUUCCAGUAAUAACAAAAGGUUCUAGACAAGAUAUUGUUGAUGCAUCAAUUAACUCAUCAUAUUUGUGGGAACAAUGUCAAAUUUUAAAAUUGACUCAAAAUAUGCGUUUAAACUCUAUGCAUGAGGACCACAGUGUUGAGGAAUUGAAAGAAUUUGCAAAUUGGAUUCUUGCCAUAGGAGAUGGUAAACUAGGAGACUCGGAUGAUGGUUGUAGUAUCAUACACAUUCCACCAAAGUUGUUAAUUACAGAAUUCAAUGAUCCAAUUGAAGCAAUAGUUCGAGCUAUUUAUGCUGAUUACUUAAAUAAUGUUUGCAAUCCAUUACAUCUCCAAGGUCAAGCUAUUUUAGCCCCUACCAUUAAUGUUGUUGAAGAGGUCAAUAAUUACAUGCUCUCUUUAAAUGUGAAUGAAAUGAAAACAUAUGUGAGUUCUAACUCAGCGUGCUUUAAAGAUGGAGCUAACAACACAUUUGAAAGCAUACACACACCGGACUUUUUGGCAACCAUUAAAUCAUCUGGCCUCCCCAGUCAUGAGCUACAACUUAAAAAAGGUUGUCCUGUGAUGCUUAUACGAAAUAUUGAUCAUUCAGCGGGUCUUUGCAAUGGAACUAGAUUGAGUGUCACAAGACUUGGAAAUAAAGUUAUCGAAGCAGAAGUUUUGUCAGGCAAUAAUGCUGGUGAAAAAGUUUUCAUACCAAGAAUGACUCUAACCCCAUCCGAUGCAAGAUUACCUUUUAAGUUCCAACGCAGACAAUUUCCCUUGAUGCUUUCAUAUGCCAUCACAAUAAACAAGAGUCAAGGACAAUCUUUGAAUCAUGUAGGAUUACUUCUUAAACAACCAGUAUUCACGCAUGGACAACUUUAUGUGGCAAUUUCACGGGUUACCAACAAAAGUGGAUUAAAAAUUGUAAUAUCCCAUGAGAAAUCCAACAACUCAACCGAAACACAAAAUGUGGUAUACCAAGAAGUUUUUAGAAAUCUCCCAAAUGAUACCGCGCCGCCACCACCAACAGUAGUGUCACCUUCUCAGCUUCUCUGUCCUCGUGGUGUCGCCAAGCUUGCCUCUGUCCUCGCCGUCGUUGGCCGCCCCUCUUUUCUUCCUGGAUCUAUUCUCGUAUCGCCAGAUCUACCGGGAGCUGUUGUUCUCGUCGCUGUUUCUGUCCUCAUCGUGUCGUCAAGUCACUUCUGUCAUUGUCAUCGUCGGCCUUCCUGA